UGACAAGAAAACAGAAACAAAGACAAAGAGAAACUGCAAGAACAUAGAGACAGAAAAUAAAGGGAAACAAAGGUAGCUCUGCUUGAAGCAGGAAUGAAGUAUCCUCCAGCUCCUCAGAGUAAAUCUCUGUUAGAUAUGGAGGUGGCCAACUACUGCGAAGGCCUGGAUCCAUCAUACAGCACACUAGGCUUUGAGAAUGCAGAUGCUCUCUAUGCAGGAGGAGACAGCAUGCCAGCAGAGCCAAGCCACCCUGGUCCAAAUGGGCUGAACACCAACUGUGCAAUCUGUGGAGACAAAGCUACAGGAAAACACUAUGGGGCUUCUAGCUGCGAUGGCUGUAAAGGCUUCUUUAGACGCUCCAUACGCAAAAGCCAUGUGUACACCUGCAGGUUCAGCAGACAAUGUGUGGUUGAUAAGGAUAAGAGGAACCAAUGUCGUUUCUGCAGACUGAACAAAUGCUUUAGAGCAGGCAUGAAAAAAGAAGCUGUUCAGAAUGAGAGAGAUCGGAUCAGCUCCCGAAGAAUCAUCCCAGAUUCCCAAGACCUUCCACUCAUUACUAUCUUGGCACAGGCAGAAUCAUUAUCCCAACAAAUUAUCACUCCUGUAGGACUAGCAGAUAUAUCGGAGGUGAAAUCAGCCACUGUAGGGGAUGUAUGUGAUUCUAUGAGGCAACAGCUGUUGGUUUUGGUGGAAUGGGCCAAAUAUAUACCUUCCUUUGUGGAGCUGCCACUGGAUGAUCAGGUGUGCUUGCUCAGGGCUCAUGCAGGUGAGCACCUCUUGCUUGGGGUUGCCAAAAGGUCAAUGCCAUUCAAGGACGUCCUGCUUUUAGGUAAUGGCUGUGUGAUACACAAGGACAGCCCUGAACCUGAGAUUUGCAGGGUUGCCAACAGAAUAUUAGAUGAGCUGGUUCAGCCCUUCCAAGAUAUUCAGAUAGAUGACAACGAGUAUGUAGCUCUCAAGGCAAUUGUCUUCUUUGACCCAGAUGCAAAGUCCUUGCGGGACCCCACGAAAAUUAAGAAUAUUCGUCUUCAGGUUCAAAUAGAUCUGGAAGACUACAUUAAUGACCGUCAGUAUGACUCUAGGGGUCGUUUUGGAGAACUCUUACUCUUGCUUCCCACCCUGCAGAGCAUCACCUGGCAAAUGAUUGAACAGCUCCAGUUCAUUAAGCUCUGCGGCCUGGCCAAAAUAGACAACCUGCUGCAUGAGAUGCUGCUGGGAGGGUUAACAACAGAGUCCAGCCACCUUCACCACCCAGCACACACCCAGCUGGCCCAAGACCCUGUGACUGGACACACCCUAGUCAUCAGUACCAUGCCUGUCGCUCACAUUCCACAAAUAGCUUCACCCGAGACUCCCAUCCCAUCACCACCACAGGGUCCUGCCACAGAAAUAUACAAACACUUCCCUCAGCCUCAUUGUCCUCCUGGUAGUCCGUCACAUUCUACGCAGACAGACCCCUGACACUUUCCUGCACCAUAUCAAAAAGGGUGUCAUGGGAUCACUUAUUUGUUGUCUGUAGUUUAUAAUACUGAUGUUAAAGUUAGGAAAGCAUUUCUUAUUCAGUAUGUGUCUUAAAUUCUACUGCCUAUCCCCCUGCUGGUGCUCCAGCAACAAUGGCCUGAGAAUAAUUGCAUGCUUUUCAAAAGUAAGCUUUUAUUCAAAUUUAAACCAUCACAAGGCUACAUCUUUCAACAAAAGACCAGACACAGAGGCUUCAGCUGUAAUGAUCAGAGAGCGCAGAGCAAUUUAGGGGCUCAUUUAAGCUCCAGCUGGGGUUCUAACCUGUUCAGACCAUUCGGAUCAUUCCCAUAGUCAUCUCACAGCGGCAGGAAUGAUGUGUGUGAGUAAACUGUAAUGACGGCACAGCAGUAACUUCUUUAUUUGAAAAGCCCUACAUGACAAUGGGCUCAGUCAUCGGAAAAAAAUGUGGCUAUUGUUUCUGAGCAACUAUUGCUCGUCGUUUCCAGGCUUAAAAGAUAAACCUGAAAUGUUUGAUAAACUCUUUAUCAAAUACAGGAUAGAAUAGAGUAGAAAUGGAAUAGAAUGGAGGUACAAAGUUCAAUUCUGAGUGUAAGUGAGUUAUAAUAAUAUAUUUCACGUUUCAUCAGAAAUUUCCAUUUUACCCAUUUUGAAUUAUACCAAUAAAAAUAUGCUCAUCUGCCUUCCAUCUUACCCAUAUGCCUAAAAGCAAAUAAAUUACAGAGGUCUUUGACCUUUGGAGUUUGCUCAGAUGAUCUGAUUAACAGUGAGUAACAGAGGAGCUGUCACAGUGAUCUGUUACCUGUAACAGUCUCUAAAUCCAUCCAGCAUGCCUCUCUGCCUUGACUUGACAUAACUAGAUAUGGGCCCAAAGCUGCAUGCAAAGUAGUUUAGGUAAGAAAAACAGCCAAAAUGUUCCAAUAUGGAACAGCACAGCGGAAAAAAAUUAUGAAUGAAUGCUAACAAAUUAAAUCAUACAAGCAUGUGUAAAUUCUAGAGGCAGGUCAUUCUUUGUCUUGAUGGAUUUUAAUCUAUCAACUAAGUGAACACUAAAAACUGCUUGCCUGAAUAAAUUAAACCCCAAAAACAAGAGACUGGCUCCUAACAAUAUAGUGCAUCUUUAGAGUGUAUGGUCAGUACAGUUUUUAAAGUUUUUUUUAUAUUACUUUCAUGUCUGACUACAUUUACACGAUGGCAAAUUUCCUCCCUUUCUUCUGUUUGUAUCUGCCAGUUAUUGAAACAAACCUGGUUUUCUAGGUUUUGCGCUGUAAUAAUAAUAAAAUGGCAGUCAGUGGUUGUGCCCAGUUUUUAUUUACACAUGGAACUCCUAAUUAGAGUUCAACAACAGACACGAUUUAAAGAGAAAAUGAGUAACUGAAUAGUUCAAAAAAUAUAUAUUUUAUUUAAAGUUGAAUUCUAAAAAUAAUGUAAAUAUUCACAAUGUACCACUGACUGAACAGCAUGUAUCAAAACAUUCAAUGUGUCACGUAAAUUAUUUCAGUUGUCAUAAAAAAAAAAAAAAUGAAAGUCAUGUAAACUUUGCUUUCUGGAUCUGACUGAAAAGAGCACCUGACAGCUACAGCUUUAAAAAUUUGUAAAUUCUGUAGUUUUAUUAGCAUCUGAGCCAUGAACAUACUUUCCUUGCAAAGUGAUACAUACAUAUUGCUAUUGUGUUUUUGGCAGCUAAUAUUAUUUAUAAAUUCUGUUAAAUCUUAUCAGUUAGUGGCAAAGAUUACAAAAAUGUAAGAACUUUUAACAAUGUAAUCUUGAGUGCAGAAUGAAUAUGGAUCCAUUGUAAUAUUUAUCUUGUGUAUUACAAAUUUACAACUGAUCAUUGUUCAGUAAGUUAACCAAAUUAGUUUUACAGCUUUAUUUAUUUUGUUUACAUUGUGUAAAUGAUGCAUACAUUUCCAAAAUUAAACUGAUUACAAGCCAUUAGAAUGAUAGUUUGAUGGCCAGUAGUUGUUGAUGUUUCAUACUGAUUUGCCAGAUAUUGUAAAGGUUCUUUGUUUAGAGCCUAAAGAAGCUGUAACUAGCCAAGGGUUGGAUACAGUACACUUGGGUGUCUGUUCACAAGUUUUAAGGGUUUGUGGGGGUGAGGUCUAUGUUGAUUGGACUUAGGUAAACAAAUAUGGUGAACAGCUAGUGUAGGGGACUGUUGUCAUAAUGUGGUGUGACUGGUUAGGAAAAAUUAAAAUACCUUUAAAGUGAAUGCCAGGAGACAGGGUUUUCAAGCAUAAAAUUGUGUUGCAAUGUAUCAUUCACUGUUACCUUGCCUGUUAGUGGUCAGAAUGUACAGAAAAAUACAAACCAUGUCCUCAACGCCUUUUUGCAUUCCUGAUAAAGAUGUGGUGAAGGCUUAAAUUAAAUUAGUCUUUCAUUGCAAGUAUUUGCAAAAUCUCA